AAAUACAAAUAGGUAACAAAGACGAAUCAACUCAGCAAAGCUGUUUCUCUCUCCUUACGAGGGCUCUCGCUCUCUCUAUUUAUAGCUUUUUCUCUCUCUAGAAUUGCGAGAAUCAGCGCUGGUUCCCGUUGAAUCAUCGAGAGAUUACGAACUCUCGAGUUCGUGGAUCGAUCGAUCUGGUCGUUUUUCUUGAAAACUUUGAUUUUGGUCGAGUGUUCGAUUCGAUAUCAGUUUUUGAGGUUGUCUGAUUCGAUCAGAUCGUGAAAACCAUGUUUUUGGUCGAUUGGUUCUACGGAGUUCUCGCAUCGCUCGGUCUGUGGCAGAAGGAGGCCAAGAUCUUGUUCUUAGGGCUCGAUAAUGCUGGGAAAACGACGUUGCUUCAUAUGUUGAAAGAUGAGAGAUUGGUUCAACACCAGCCAACUCAGUACCCAACAUCUGAAGAGUUGAGUAUUGGAAAAAUCAAGUUUAAGGCCUUUGAUUUGGGAGGGCAUCAGAUUGCACGUAGAGUCUGGAAAGACUAUUAUGCUAAGGUGGAUGCAGUGGUUUACCUGGUGGAUGCCUAUGACAAGGAGAGGUUCGCAGAGUCGAAGAAGGAGCUGGAUGCUCUCCUCUCCGAUGAGUCUCUCUCUAAUGUUCCGUUCCUCGUUCUGGGAAACAAGAUCGACAUACCAUAUGCUGCAUCAGAGGAUGAGCUUCGAUAUCAUUUGGGCCUGAGCAAUGUCACCACGGGAAAGGGUAAGGUUAACCUGGCGGAUUCGAAUGUUCGGCCCCUGGAGGUAUUCAUGUGCAGCAUUGUUCGGAAAAUGGGAUAUGGAGAUGGGUUCAAGUGGCUCUCUCAAUACAUCAAGUAGAAUAGGGGCUUGGGUUUGGUUUUAAAUGUUAUUCCCUAUUGAAACUCUUUGAAGCCAGGUAUUUCACUUGUUAUGCUUUUUUCAUGAAAUGACAGACAAACAUGCCCUUCCUCA